AUGCAAGAGAUACACGCCCGAGGGAUUGAAUGUAUUUGGCCGCGCUACAUACCGGUACUGAGAAAAGAGAAUAUCACAAUAGUGAACACCCCCAAUGUAUUUCGUGGAACUUGUCAAGUGACUGGUGUGCCCAAACGCUUAGCCACUUGUCAAAGAACUCGCAAGAGAAAGCCCGGUUUGAUUUGGGUGUGGACUUGCAUGGGCCUCAACAAUGUUGAUGUCUCAUGCAUAGGCACCCGGGUUGCUACGGGACCCUUCACUUACGCUGUCUCAUGGUGGCUAUAG